AUGGGGGAUAAGUACGUUCAACAAGGCUGCCUCGGAGAAAUUCCAAAGCUUGGCAGACGAUGAUAAAUGUCAGCUAUUUGUCAAUGCAGCUCAAGUGCAGGUUAAUGAGACGCCAACAGAGUCACAAAUUGGGAAAAAAUUACCGACAUUUUUAGUAAAGUCCAAGACAGAACGGUAAAUAAAAGCAAUUUUUGCCACUUUGUCAGUUUUUUAGGGUUUUUAAUUUUAAUUUAUUCGACGAAGAAUUUCAUGAUUCAUGCCCAUCCCAUAUCCAUGACCACAGAUGAUAGUUUACAGCAAUAUAAUUCCUUGCCACGAUAUCAAGGCAUGCAAUCCUGAUGAAUUUAUAAGACAACUAUAUAUAUAUAUUCUAUUUUUUACUAUAGUGCCCGCAACUAGAAGAGUAUGGUUGUCGAGCAUUUCUAAUUGGUUUUAGAAAGGGAAAAUACUUUAUAGCUGCCCUUCAGAAUGUCACUGAAAAGCUUGAGAAAGAUACAGUAAACGUGAUUUACACAGAUAUUUUUUCGAAGGAUAACUCUUCAGCCUUAGGUAAUAUGUACUGUUCUUGUUACCGAUUUAUAUGAUUCUAUUGGCAGGUAAACUAAAAUAAUGUCAAAAGGCUAGUGGUUCCAAUCCGUCUAUUCCCCUUCAGCUUCUAUUUUACCUUUUCUUUACAUUUAGCAACAGCCAAAGAAUAAGAAGAUGUCCUGCGCAAGGAAGUCCUUCAAUUCCAAAUACCGUAAGUUUCAAGAUUCGUGGGCACAAGUUCAUUUUUUUCAUGAAACAUUAAUUAAGCUCCAGUCAUCUUUCGGAAAUCUAAUAUUUUUCAAAACUGAUUUAACUAGUAUAUAUUUCAACAAAACUAACCACAAAUAAAUUACACGUUGUGUAAUUAGCAGAGGAAGAAUUAGAAAAGGUGAAAUUCGAGCUUGAAUGAUUAAUUAAACAAGAGUGCAUCAUACAAAAUAAAGGAUUGUAGGGCUAGGGGCGUGUCUAUUAGACGGCCGGCCAAGUCAUCAAUUUGUACAACUUGAUGGCAACUUUAUGUUAGAAGCUGGUAACAGGCAUUUUCUUAUAGUUCAAGCCUUGGUGAACAAGACUGUGUGUGUUACCACUUCUGAUUUUUGCUUUAUAGCCAAAAAUUUGAGAAUUUUUAAAUUUUGCCUAUUAAAUUACUAUGAUCGGAAAAAAUGUAAAAUUCCAUGUUCUCUUAUACGAAAAAUAAACUAUACCACUAGAAAGAGUGUAAAAAACUAUAUAUAAGACAAUUAAGUGAGUUCUAUGUUUUUCCAAUCCUAUUUCGAGUUUUUAAUGUUAAAAAAUGCAGAAAUGACCAAAUUAAUGCUAAUUAGUACCCAUUUUUCCAACUUUAACCAUCUUUAAUUCAAAAUCGGCUUGAAAAUCGCACUAGUCGCUUAAGUUGUCUUAUAUAUAGUUUUUUACGCUCUUUCUAGUGGUAUAGUUUAUUUUUCGUAUAAGAGAACACGAAAUUUUACAUUUUUUCCGAUCAUAGUAAUUUAAUAGGCAAAAUUUAAAAAUUCUCAAAUUUUUGGCUAUAAAGCAAAAAUCAGAAGUGGUAACACACACAGUCUUAUUCACCAAGGCUUGAACUAUAAGAAAAUGCUGUUACCAGCUUCUAACAUAAAGUUGCCAUCAAACUCUCUUUAGAGGCACUUUUUGCCACCUUAGCCGGCCGACUAUAUGGUAUAUAUUAAACGUCUGUAGCUUCAAACAUGUACUACAACUCAAUUCACGCGGUUCUUUGGCUGAUAUUCCAUAUACGCAUAUAUUUUUAUUGGAACUGCCUCACCCUGAUACUUAGUGUGAAUCAUAUCAGAAAAUUAAGGCAUAAUUCAUAGGCGUUUACUCCAGUGAGCUUCAAUUAUCUUGUAUAUGCAUUUUCCUCCGUUGUUGUCUACUUGUUCAUUUUUCAUUGUAUAUAUAUACCCUAUUCCCAGCUAGCACAUAACGUUAUUACAACAUUGGUAAAAGGUUGUUGCAAAGUUAGAUCUAACUUAACUUUCACACGACGUUCACACAACAUUACUUUUCUAUCCGGAAUAAGAGCACAUGGUGUAAACGUUGGUUUAACGUUGAAAUUUAACGUUCCAGGAUGUCAUGCGACACCUUCUUAGCAAUGUUAGAUUUCAACGUUGUAGCAACGUUAAUGUGUAACGUUUGGACGUGACAUCAAAACAACGUCGUCCUGACGUUUAAGAUUUGAUAUUUUCGCAACAUUCCAGGAUGUCAUACGAUAUCUUCAUAGCAAUGUUAGAUUUUAAUGUUGUAGCAAUGUUAAUGUGUAACGUUUGGAUAUGACAUCAAAACAACGUCGUAAACAACGUCGUCUUGACGUUAAGAUUUGAUAUUUUCGCAACGUUCUAAAAAAAUUAAACAUAUGUCUUCUAUUAUUGAACCUGACAGUUAAACUAUAGGUAUAAAACCGCAUCAGGCCAUAUGACUUCUUAUGCCUAUUCAGCAGGAAUCGCGAGGAACGUCACCUUGGUUAGUUCUUACUGGAAAUUUUGUCCUGAAAACGUUUUAUCCAGCUGAUUUUAAGCCAGACAGUAGGCCUUUGUAUUUGGCAGCUUAUCAACAACUCGCCAAAUAUGGUAAUUCUGACCAUAUAUACGUAAAGUGUUUGCGCCGCGGGCAAAUUGAAAAGAUUACACCAUUGUUCUUGGCUUGCGACGCAACUGAAAUGUAUGCCGACUCUGUAAUCUCAUCGAAGCUGCUGUAUAUUUCAGAAGAACUCGCUCGUCUGUUUUGUUUUCGAUGUAAGUAUAUAUAUUGUAUCUGUAACAUUUGAAACUUCCAUGUGUCUAUCUCAUGUACGGAAAAAAGGCGAACAAAGUAUGUUUAUUUUGAUAUGUGUCAGCAUGUUUGUUUGACGCCAUAUUAAUUUACAUUUUACAGUGCCUCUCUUGAAUCGAAGAUAUAUUUCAGGAGUACUCGUUCAUUUGUCAAUGAAAUCCAAGAAUGACUAAUUAGUAUACUGUAUAUAUUAGAUAUUGAACUGCCUGUGCCAGUGUAGGUGGGAAUGCAACUAACUGAAAGUACAUAUAACGAGAACUAGAAGAAUUGUGACGUUUCGAAAUUUUCCUUAUAUUGUUCAGGUAAUUCUGUAAUUUAAACUACAGACUGUUAUUCAAGCACAGUAAGUCAGUAUUACGUAUGUCUAUUAAGGAAAUAAAAUGUGGCCUAGAAAAAGUUCUGUCGCACAAGAUUGUUCAGGUAGUUACAUCCCUACCAAAGAAAGCUUGUUCGUAUACUGAAUUAAAUAUUAUUGUCAAUAUUCAUCCAAACUAUAAAUUGGAUCAGUAAUUUUAGCCUAUAUUAUUUGUAAAUGAAGCUCUUUCCUUAAAUAAAAUGAUUAAAUCAAAGACUUUAGUCAAUUGUCCUAACAUUGUCACAACAUUCCUGCGAGUUCACAAAAUAACGUUACUACAACGUUAAUUUUCAACGUUUUCUGGAUGUUAAUCAAAUGUUGUGAGAACGUUGAACCAACGUUGUGUUCUAACGUUAAUCAAACGUAAGAACGUUGAACCAACGUCGUGUUCUAACGUUAAUCCUGACGUUGUCACCACGUUCCUGCGAGUUCACAAAAUAACGUUACUACAACUUAUAAUACCAACGUUAUCUCCACGUUCGGCGAACGUUCGUACAACGUUGGCACAACGUAAUUGUGCUAGCUGGGUUAUCCCACAUAUUAUUGCAAUUUGGGGAAAAAUAUGGAAUAAAAAACGACGUUCUAUGAGUGCAUGCGCCUUUAUCUAGAGCGCGCUUAUAUGCCAGUUAGUAGGCUACAUAAUUAUAUUGAUUUCAAAUUGCAUAUGUUUUUAAAAUAUUAAACUUUCCAAUCAAGUCCAUUGUUUAAUUUAUUUAUAGAAGAAGCAACAGGACUAAAAGGACCAUUCCCGUAUAAAAGGCAGCUAGAAUUUGAUGUCGAAGGUUUACCUGGUUUAUUAGCAUUCCGGAAACCAAGCGGAUAUGGAACCUCCCAACUGCAGUCCAUAUUACAGUGCAAAGAUAAGAUAAAAUUUAAAAGAAAGGAAGUCAAUGAUCGUACCACCAGUGCCUUCACUACCGACGCCAUCACCAUCACCGACUCAGUCAGCGUCCCCACACCAUCAAUGACCCAAACAAUCAUGACUCAAACACUAUCAAUGACCAAUGUUAACAACCCAAACGCAAUCAGCAACCCAAGCUCCCUUCAUGACCAUGUCAUCACAAGCGAUCAGAACACCCUGAACGACCCUCACGCUAUCAACAACUAUGAAAUCCUUCCUGACGGUACCGUUCCUUUCACAGAUACCAUCACUUCCACAUUCGCAACUGCAGAAAUAUCGGUAACAGCAGGAACAUCCACAACAACAUCCGCAGAAACAUCCACAACAGCAAGAACAUCCACCAUCAAACCUUGGAAUAUAGGAUAUAGAAAAAGAAGAGUAAAGCCACACAUCAAAAGUAUAUCUUUUAACUUUUAUUACUGUACAUUGUAACCACAACGCGUCAUUUGAAUUAUCAAGGUGUCAGUAAGUGUUAUCAAUCUAGCCUUCCGCCUUCGGCUCGACUGAUAACACUUACCUCGACUAUAGACCAUACCCAUUAUGACAUUUCAUGGCAUAAUUUAACUACUAAGACCAGAAUACUUUGCUAGCUUCUUGGUUAGAAAGCCAGAAAAUACUGGUAAUUGAAACAUUCUUGUCUUAGUAGUUAAAUUAUGCCAUGAAACGUCAUAAUGGUAUGGUCUAUUCUAGAUAUCACAAAGGUCUCGUCCAAUAACUGUUUAUUAGCGUGAUUUUAGAAUUAUGUGAAAUGUUGCCAUGAUUAGUUCAAUUCAUAUACGAUUUUUGCUUUAUUAAAAUUCUUAGUUUAUCCAUUCUGGACGGAGGUAUAUAUAAAUGCUAAAGGUGGCCCAGUCGUAGGCGAAGGAAUUAUUAUUCCUGGAUUUAAUGUCAAAGAUGAGCAAGUCUUGCCAUUUAGUGGACUGUACAGAAAGAUUUUUGUGAAAAAAGUAUAUGGUAUGAUAAUACGAAUAUUAAAUAUGAUAAUAAUCAAAUAAUUAUACGAAAAAUAAAAAUGCUAUCAGCCAUGUGAUGAAAUGUCCUAGUAUGCGAGGACCUCACGCUGAGCUACACGUAAGCAUUGUUAUUGUUCAUAAAUACAUUAUCAUUGUAUUUAUAGAAUGCAACAAAGACCAUGAUUUAAUUGCUGGAGAAUACAUUAUUCGCUCUUGUGUGCUUCUCACUCCAAAACAUACAGAAUGUGUUGAGGGUAUCGGAAGCCUGGUCAACAUUGAAAUAUGCAAAGACUUCCGACAUAUUAAAGAUGACAGCAAAAAAGAGGAACUCUGCUCCACAUUAGCUUGUCAGUGUCCUACUUCUACAGAAGUGGAAUGGGUGCGAUGUGAAAAUACAGACUGCAAGAAGUGGUACCAUAUACAUUGUGUUGGUGUUGCCAGGAAAGAAGAGUUGCCUGAACGAUGGUGGUGUGGUAUAGAGACAUUCAAUGAGAAUUACUUCUUUCG